AAUAGAGGACCUGUUCAACCAGAAAUCUUACGGAAUCCAAAAUGGUAUCCUUAUUUUGAGAAAUGUAUAGGUGCCAUUGAUGGAACACAUGUGGCAGCUUGGGCACCAACAUCAAAACAAAAGAUGUAUCGUGGUCGAAAGGGCUCAAUGGUGACCCAAAAUGUCAUGGCCGUUUGUUCACAUGACAUGAUGUUUACUUACGUACACGCAGGAUGGGAGGGAAGUGCCAAUGAUUCCCGCAUAUUUUUAGAUGCAAUUGCAAAACCUGAACAUGGAUUUCCUAUGCCUUCUCAAGGUUAUUACUAUGUUGUCGAUGCCGGUUAUCCAAAUACUCCUGGGUUUUUGGCACCUUAUCGUGGGGAGAGCUAUCACUUAAAUGAGUUCCGUGGACGAGGACGAAUACGAAAUAAGCAAGCUCUAUUCAACUAUCGACACUCGUCCUUGCGUAAUGUCAUAGAGAGGUGUUUUGGGUUACUAAAAGCGAGGUUCCCAAUUCUUAAAUACAUUCAUGGUUAUCCGUUGCGAAGACAAGUCCAAAUUCCUAUCGCUUGUUGUGCAAUGCACAAUUUUAUACGGAUGCAUGAUGCUAUGGACCAAUUAUUUACCGAAUAUGAAAGGGAAGACAUGGAAAUGCCUAGUAGUAGUGGAAGCAAUGGUGGAAAUGAUCCCAUAGAAUUAGAUAUGUCUCAACAACAUGUUAUGCAUGAAGUUCGAGAAGACAUAGCAAAUGCUAUAUGGGGAGAUUGUAAUCAAUGAUGUUCUUGUUUUAUAACCAAA